AUGCAAUAAUAAACAUACCUUGAGAGUAGUUUCAGUAGUCAUAGCAGCAGUAGUAGUGAAAACGAAAAUAAGGAUGUUCCUUUCUCUCCUGUAUUUAUUUUUCUUAAUGCUUAAGUUUAGGGAUGCAAAUGAAAUACAACUACUGUCAGAGUAAUUUGACAUAACCAAGUGGUCCAAACACGUUUUGCCUCAACAAUCAUAAGCAGAGAAGACUCCAAAGCCUAAUAAAAAACAAGUGGGCAAAAAAACUAAGAUUAAAGUCAAUACAUCAUCUUCCAUUUCACCCUAGAAAAAGAAAUCUAAAAUCAAGAGAGUAUAUAGACCAACCCUCUAUGUAGCCCAAAAUGAAAGACAUUAAGCCCUUAAAUUUAGAAAGUGAGAAGAAUCUGUUUUUUGCCAUGAAAGCUGCAUACAAUCCAUAAUUUGAAUAUGUCGAAGUUAAGGUUUGUAUCUACUUUUUAUACUAAAGGAACUUGGCCCAGAAUAACCUCAUCGUAAGUACGAAGAAAUUGCAUUAAAAAUUAUUGAUCAAUGCAUUAAAGAAUUUGGUUCUGAUUUGAAAUAUGCCGAACAGGAAGGAGGCAAAUUAUUAUCAAUCGAAGAAACAGAAAAUUUCUUUAAUGAUUAUAUCCAUAAACUAGGUGUUUAAGAUUUGAUAUCUUAUGAAUUUCAAGAUCAUACUGUAGCUCCUACCAGUGUUGUGCAUAAUCCGACUGAUGGUAAAAGCAAAGUAAUUAUUGGGUUGCCAAUCAACUAUCGCAUCAAUCGAAUUGAAGGAGUUCUGAAUCAUGAGAUAGGUACCCACUUCAUUAGAAAAAUAAAUGAUAGAUAACAGCAAUGGUACAAGAAAAGGUAUAAAUUCAAUUGAUCAAGAGCUAAAUAUCAUUUGGAACCAUACUUAAAACAUGAAGAAGGAUUGGCUGUUUUGAAUCAAGUUCUUCCUUAGGCUCUUAAAUAGAAAGGCAAACCCUACUUAUUCAUGGCUGCUUUGCAUUAUAUUUCUGUAAUUUAUAUUAUCAUUUGAAUAAGUCAAUAAUGGCUAGUUAAAUGAGUUUUGCAAAGUUGUUUCAUGAACUAAGAUACUUUAUUUAAGAUGAUGAGGCCAGAUUUCGUGAGUGCUUGAGAGUCAAGAGAGGAUUGAAAGAUACAUCAUAACCAGGAGGAAUGUACAAAGAUUAAGUAUACUUGACUGGAGCAAUUAAAAUACUGAGAUAUCGAGGGAAAUUAAAUUUUAUUCAUUUGCAUAGUGGUAAAAUAACAAUUAAGGAUUGUAUUCGUUUGGGAGAAAUAGGAUAAAUAUUUACAAAAAAUAUCUAUAUUCCACCUUUUUUAUAAGAACUUGAUCAAUAUAAAAGAGGACUGGAUAAGAUAGCAUAAUAAAAUUUCAUUAAUUUUGUAUGA